AUGGAUCGCGUCCGUUUGGCGGUGGAUCUUUGUUCCAACCUUCAAGGCUUCUUCGUGUUCCAUUCCUUUGGCGGUGGUACUGGCUCGGGCCUGGGCUGCGAUAUUCUGCACGAUUUGCAUGACGCCUUUGACAAGAAGGUGAUCUUCCAGCCCGUGAUCUAUCCAUCCCACAAGUUCUCCAGUAGCAUUGUAGAGCCCUACAACUGUAUCUUCUCCACGCACUACAUGCGAGAUGUGGUCGACGUAUCACUGAUGCUGGACAACGAAGCGGCCUAUCGUGUGUGCGAGAACAAGCUGAACAUCCAGCAACCCGACUUCGACAACGUGAACCGUUUGAUCGCACAGUGCAUCUCCGCUUGCACCACCUCCUUGCGCUUCGAGACGCAGCUCCAUGCGACGCUCAUUGAGAUCGUGACGAACAUCGUCCCCACGCAGUACUACCGCUAUCCCAUCGUUUCCUUGGCGCCGGUCCGCGCCAGAGACAAGGAGGCGCAUGAGACCUUCGUAGAGGAGGAGAUUGUCACAGAGCUCUUCGAAUCGAAGAAUGUCCUGUGCGACGUGACGCAUCUGCGGCAAAACCGCUAUCUCUCGGCGGUGGUGCUCCUGCGCGGCAUCGGCAGCCCGCAGAAGGAGAAGUCACGGGACGGCAGCAAGGACGAGCUCAAGGAACGCCCUGUUGAGGCGAACCAUGUGAUCACGGCGCUGCACUCGCUGAAGGACCAAGAAGGGGAGAUUUCGAAGAGGGAUGGCACGCACCGUUCGCCUCUGAAGUUUGCUCCCUGGAUCCAGUCCGGCUUCAAGGUGGGCCUCGUGGGCGUGCCGCCCUCCACCGUGCCGGGCGACAAAGUCAUGGCCCAGACCAAGCGCCAGGGGGCGAUGCUGGGAAAUAGCACGGCGGUGCGGCAACUCUUUGUCCGGCAGUAUACCAAGUUCUUGAAGCUCUUUUACCGUCGGGCCUACGUCUGGCAGUUUCUCGAGGCCAACGGGGAGAUUGACUCCUUCUAUGACGCCCGCGACGGCGUGCGUGACAUCAUCGGCCACUACGAGGAGCUGCUGCAGGAGUGCGUGCGUGUGGAGAACGAGAAGUACGACGCUCGACUCGCCGAGGGUGAACGGUUGGCUGUUUUUUGGGUUUCUUUCGGCCUUUGGUUCGGAUGA